UUACAAAUUCAUUUUCGUUUUCCUUUACACUUCAUUUCAAUGGGUUCCUUAUCCGAACAGCCUCAUUUUGUGUUGUUCCCUUUCAUGGCUCAAGGCCACUUGCUCCCCAUGGUAGAUAUUGGUAGACUCUUGGCACACCGUGGCGUUAUUGUCACUAUAGUUACAACACCUCAUAAUGCAGACAGAGUCCAGAAAUCGAUCGCUCGAGCUAUCGAAUUGGGGCAUCCUAUCCGUUUAGUGCGGCUCCGGUUUCCUGGCAAUGAAGUCGGAUUUCCAGAUGGGGUUGAGAAUGUAGACAUGGUGCACUCAUCGGAGGACUUCCGCAAAUUCAUCAUAGCAGCAAACAAGAUGGAAGAAUCAGUGGGGAAGUUGUUUGAGAAGCUAACACCUCGCCCCAAUUGCAUUAUUUCAGACGUGUGCCUCUAUUAUACCCACAAAAUUGCUACCAGGUUUAAGAUUCCAAGGAUAUCGUUCAGUGGAUUUUGUUGCUUCUGUACCCUUUGUUUGCACAAUAUACAUUCCUCCAAGAUACUUGAGACCGUAGCCUCUGAUUCCGUAUACUUCACGGUGCCAGGCUUGACCGAGAAGGUUGAAUUCACCAAAGUCCAGUUACCGCUUCAGAGGGAUGAGUCCUGGAAGGAAAUAAUUGAACCACUCGUAGAAGCUAGCCAAGCAACAUAUGGGGUUGUCAUAAACACUUUCGAGGAGUUGGAGUCGGCUUUCGUCGAGGAGUAUAGGAAGGUAACAAAAGCUUGGUGUAUAGGUCCAGUUUCUCUUAGCCACAAAGACGAGUCGGAUAAGGCUGAAAGAGGUAACAAGGCUUCGAUCAAUGAGCAGCAGUGUUUGAAGUGGCUUGAUUCUCAAGAAAUAAAAUCUGUUAUCUAUGCUUGCCUUGGAAGCAUCAGCACUGUAAAGUGUCCAGAGCUGAUAGAGUUGGGUUUAGGCUUAGAGGCAUCGAAGAAACCCUUCAUUUGGGUGCUAAGAGGAAAUAACACGACAUCGAACGAAGUUGAGAAGUGGAUGGCAGAAGAUGGAUUCGAGGAAAGAACGAAAGGAAGAGGACUUAUAGUUAAGGGAUGGGCUCCACAAGUACUCAUUCUGUCACACCGGGCAAUAGGAGGCUUCCUAACUCAUUGUGGAUGGAAUUCGACAAUUGAAGGCAUUUCAGCAGGCGUCCCAUUGAUAACAUUGCCUCUAUUGGCAGACCAGUUUAGUAACGAGAAACUUGCAGUACAAAUACUGAAAAUCGGAGUGAGCCUUGGAAUCGACAAACCUACGAACAUUGGUGAUGAGAAAUCAGGUUUCUUAUUGAAGAAGGAACAUGUUAAAAAUGCAAUAGAGAAUUUGAUGGAUGAAGGAGAUGAAGGAAAAGAAAGAAGAAAAAGAGCUCAAGAGUUUGGAGACAAGGCAAAGAAAGCAGUUGAAGUGGGUGGUUCUUCCUACCUUAAUAUUACAUCAUUAAUCCAAGAAUCAUCCAACAAUCUCAUGAUUUGAAGUGAGAAUUGGAGGUGGUUCUAUCAAUAUCCCGCUUCUCACUGGUGCUUUGAAAAUAUGUAAUCAGGGAUAGAUUGAGGAGGGACUAAUAGGAAAGUCGUUCUAUUGAAAA